AUGAGCAAGCUUCCUAGAGAGCUCCCAGAGGAUUUACAGUGCCAUUCCGAGCAAUUCCCGCACCUCAACAGUGCCUAUCAGAUAUGUUUGCGCCUCGAGGAGGAGAUCGAGGCCGACGCCAGCCCUGCACAAAACUCCAAAGAGCAAAUGAUUUUUUGUCGCAUUCUCGGCUACCUUCUUUGUUAUGGCCCGAAUAUCGGUGCACGGGUCGCCGUUUACAAGCAAAUCAUAUCGUGCAAAGACAAAAAGGCGCUAGUUCAACUCGGGAAGAUGUAUUUCGACCACUACGUCCGAGCCUUUCGAUCCAACAAAGGACCGACACCCACGCCCUCAAAUCACGCGUCGCGUCCCUCCCUCGACACGAUGGCAGACAUGAUUAAGGAUUGUUUGGAGGAGGCACCGCAGGGUCAUUCCACCGCAAAAAAUAAAGCCCUUGUCCGUGACGGGUUUCGGUGUGUGGUCACCGGCGCCUAUGAUUUUAUCUCCGUCAUGAGGAGUGAAGAGUUGGCAGGCAGAGCCCGAAGUGAAGGGGUUAACCUUACGUACACGGAGUGCGCUCAUAUACUGUCGGAGUCAACUAAUUUGAAUACCGCGAAUUCGGACAAGGUCUGGAGUAUCAUGAAUACCUUUAGUAGCCGCAAAAAUUUAUCUGAUGACUUGAACGGCGCCAAGAUCCAUCGCCUGGAAAAUGUCAUGACAUUGGAGCCCUCCGUGCAUCGCAGCUUCGAUGCUUUGGAGAUUUGGUUCAUUGUAACAAAAACAAAAAAUAAGUAUAAGCUGGAAGGUAGAUCUGACCUGUACCUCAGACAACUUCCAAAUGAUGUCACCUUUACCACGAUCGAUCCAGAACUCCUCCCGGUUCCGUCGCCAGACUACCUGGCCCUUCAUGCGGCGUGUGCCAAGGUAGCGCAUCUUUCUGGUGCUGCGGAGUACAUCAACAAAGUGCUGAGAGACCUCGAAGAAAUGCCCGUGCUCUCGGAGGACGGUAGUUCGGCCAGACUGCUCGAAGACGCACUUCUCCACGCUAGCAGCCGUUCUCCUGUUUGGGUUUGA